AUGGGGCUUAUAGAAGAUAUUCAGGGACCUGUGUCCCAGUACAUGUCGCAACUGUCGACACCGUCGCAAGUUGGAGUUAUCGCCGCUGGCGUUCUGUUUUUCUCUGUUUUCCUCAACGUUUUACAACAGAUUCUCUUCAGAAAUCCUAAUGAGCCCCCGGUCGUUUUCCACUGGUUCCCCUUAGUUGGGAGUACCAUCACCUAUGGCAUGGACCCUCCUCGAUUCUUUAGGGAAAACCGAGCUAAGUAUGGUGACAUCUUCACCUUUAUUCUCCUCGGAAAGAAGACAACUGUUUACCUUGGUCCCGCCGGAAACGACUUCAUCCUAAAUGGAAAGGUUAAGGAUGUUUGCGCUGAGGACAUCUACACCGUUCUUACUACCCCUGUCUUCGGAAAAGAUGUCGUUUAUGAUUGCCCCAACUCGAAGCUCAUGGAGCAGAAGAAGUUCAUGAAAAUCGCUCUUACCACGGCCGCCUUCCAGUCGUACGUCCCCAUUAUUGCCGACGAGGUAACGAGCUACGUCAAGCGAUGCCCCGAUUUCAAGGGCAAAUCAGGCGUAGUCAACAUUCCUAAGAACAUGGCCGAGAUUACCAUCUUCACCGCAUCUCACUCUCUUCAAGGCAGCGAGAUCCGAAACAAGUUCGACGAGUCGCUGGCUUCCUUGUACCAUGACCUGGAUAUGGGAUUCACCCCUAUCAACUUCAUGCUUCACUGGGCUCCCUUACCCUGGAACAAGAGACGCGACAACGCCCAGAGGACCAUCUCGAAGAUCUAUAUGGAUACUAUCAAGGAACGCAGGGCAGCUGGCAAGAGCGAUGCGCAGGAUAUGAUGUGGCAUUUGAUGAACUCGAGUUACAAGGAUGGCAGACCGGUUCCCGACCACGAGAUUGCACACAUGUUGAUUGCGUUGCUUAUGGCUGGUCAGCAUUCUUCGUCUUCUACAAGCUCUUGGAUGAUGCUACGUCUCGCUUCGCGCCCGGAUAUCAUGGAGGCUUUGUACCGCGAACAGGUUGAGGCUCUCGGUGCUGAUCUACCCCCGCUGGCAUAUGAGGAUCUCGCGAAACUCCCACUGAACCAGGCAAUUGUAAAGGAAACACUAAGACUCCAUGCGCCCAUUCACUCUAUUAUGCGCGCCGUAAAGUCCCCUAUGCCAGUCCCCGGAACUAAAUUUGUCAUCCCUACCAGCCAUACCCUACUCUCCGCCGGCGGUGUAUCAGCUACGGACCCUACUUUCUUCCCCGACCCAGACCGAUGGGAGCCUACACGAUGGAGCAAAGAUUCGCCUAUUGCACCAACAGUGAUCCGCAACGAUGUAGAGGAUGAGAAGAUAGAUUAUGGAUACGGACUUGUUAGCAAGGGUGCCAACUCACCCUACCUCCCGUUCGGUGCUGGAAGGCAUCGUUGCAUCGGUGAGCAGUUUGCCAACGUCCAGCUGCAGACGAUCACAGCCGAGCUUGUUCGUCUGUUCAAGUUCAGGAAUGUCGACGGAAGCGACAAGGUCGUUGGAACCGAUUACGCUUCCUUAUUCUCGCGGCCAAUCGAGCCGGCUAAUAUUUUCUGGGAGAAGCGAAAUGCUUAA